ACCAGUACAGUAGCAACUUUACCUGCUGCCAGCCACAAGAUGGCGAAAGGUCUUACCUUUGUCGUUUUCCUCUUCGGAGUGUGGAUCGGGGCAAGCGCGCAGUAUUGGAGCGAUUUCUGGGACUGUCCCUCCUGCCCUCCUGGGUGGACCAAGUAUGGUGAACGUUGCUACAUGUACAACGCCUCGGCUGCAGAGUGGGCUGAUGCUGAGGCAGCCUGCAUCAGGAAAGGAGGUAAUCUGGUCUCCUACCACAACCAAGGUGAAUACGACUUCAUCUUAAGUGUGAUAAAAAGAUCAACUGGUGAAGACACACGGAUUUGGGUUGGAGGCCAAGAUAGUGCCAAGAACACGGUGUGGCUGUGGAGUGACGGCUCAAUUUUCGACUUCAAAAACUGGGGACGAGGACAGCCCAACAAUGCACAAGGAAAGGAGCACUGCAUGGAGCUGAACUUCUUUGGGAAGCCAAACGACCAUCUGUGUAACAUCAAAAAGCCCUUCAUGUGCGUCAGAGACCCGGAAUGAUCUGCUUCACAUGCUGACAAAUCUCCUCAUGGCAUUGAAACAGCUACACUUGUAGCAGCUACAAUCUUGUCACCCUUGUGGGAAGA